ACCAUCGACAUGCCGGCCAGUCUCCAGGAUAUGUUUCGACCGCCUGUGCAGUGUGACAUGUGCAGACAAGUGACUCAUGUCGAACGUGUCCACUCUGUCACGUCUCAGCUGUUCGAGGAGAGGUACGCCUAUACCGGCCGCCCUGUGGUCAUAACGGACGGACAGAGGAACUGGUCGGCGCCGCACGUGUUCUCCUUCGAGUUCUUCAAGUCGAUCUACGCCGACGAUUCCCCCGUUCUCGAGAACUUUGAGCGCGACUGCCAGUUCUUCCCGUACCAGACAGAGUUCAGGAACCUUCGUCACGUGUUCAACAUGACGGCGGAUCGAGUGAACAUGCGUGGGGAACCGUGGUACAUCGGAUGGAGUAACUGCGACUCCUCCGCCGCGAACAUCCUCCGGGACCACUACGAGAGGCCCUACUUCCUCCCUCAGGCCGCCGAAUCCUCCAAGACGGAUUGGAUCUUCAUGGGCACUCCGGGAUACGGCGCCCAUAUGCAUAUAGACCACGUGGGGAAUCCUUCUUGGCAGGCACAGAUCCGCGGCAGGAAGUUGUGGACUUUGGAACCUCCGCCAGAAUGCUACUUCCAGUGUAUCCCUAUGGAGGUCGUGGUGGAGCCAGGAGAGAUAAUUGUCCUGGACACCAACAUCUGGUACCACAAGACUCUCAUCGUCUCGGAGGAACUUAGCAUCACCAUUGGCUCCGAAUACGAUUAAAACCAGGAAGGAAUGUCACGUGACGAAGAUGAAAUACACUGAGGAGGAGGAAGGUGAGACGGGAGUAAAGAAGGGAGGAA